AUGCAAGCUACGAAUAGAGGUUGGAAGGACCAAUGGGAUUCCAGCGACGAGCAACCUGAAUUGAUGAAUGGAAUUCCUGAGGUGCUGGAGUUAUUCCUGGAAGCGGUAGCCGCCGGGAUACUGACAAGUGUCCUCUGUCAACGCUCUUCGUUUUGGUCUGUUCCUCCAGCUCUUCCUCCGUGGAAGGAAGUUCUUCCACCAUCGCCCUUGUCUUGA